AUGAGCGAAGAUUGUAGUCGGCCAGGAUUUGGAAAUGGUCUCCAAUAUGAUUGGAUCGCUUCAUCGUCGUCAUCAGAAUCAUCAUCGGUACUUGUAUUGUAAUUAUAAUAACAAAAGAGUGUUAUAAUUACAAUAGAAUAAGCCUAAAAUGGGGUCAGUCAGAAGAUAAGCCAGAAACAGGGCUUAAUUGCUUUGAAAUUGACAGUCUUGAUUUAUCUUCUGAAUGAUCGGUCCAACAAUAAUCUUUUAUCCCAUAAUCCCAUUUCUGAUGAUUUUAGUUAAGUCGAUGGGCCGAGAGCAAAGAACGAGGCUCAGCCAAGUUUGGAGUGGCCCCGUUGAUGGACGCCAACUAUGAAUCCAGGGUACCCAGCAACAGUGUCUGGGCGACUAAAGUAAGGUCUUCAUUUUUGUUAUUCCCAUAUUUUAGGACACCCUGAGAAAUGCUCCUCAGCUGACGACGGGAAUUGGAGCUCAUCUUCUUCAAAAGAUGGGAUGGGUGCCUGGACUGGGGCUUGGCCGGAAGAUGGAUGGACCAGUGGAACCUCUGAUCUUGGACGUGAAAUCAGACCGAAAGGGACUAUACUCCGACAUCGAUAAGAAACCUCCCAAGCGAGAAAAAGUCGCCGAUCUUAAUGGUAAGGAGACCUAACGGCCAAAAUUUGAUUUUGUCAGGCAAAAACCCGGUCUCUGUUAUAAUGGAGCACUGCAGUAAAAACGGGCUCCCGCCACCCUAUUUUACUCAAACUGAAGAAGGAUCUCAACAUUGUAAACGUUUCGGAUGCACCGUAGGUCAUGGUUAAACACAAUCUUAUUACUUUUUAGGCCGUUUUGAAUGGAAUCGAAUACAAUGCCGCCUGUGCCUCGACAAAUAAAAAAGCGGCCAAGGCACAAGUAUGUCUGAUUAUGUGUCGAGCAUUGGAUCUGGGUCAGGAUUGA